UAAUUUUCAAAGAGGCGUGACUUAAAAAUCUGCAAAAAAGCAAAUCCGAAGAGAGAGAAGGUGAUUUUGAAAUUUCAGAUAACGCAGAUAUUUUACUCUCGCCGGAGCUUUCUCCUCCACCGUCUCUGCUUCCCACCGCCGCCGUACACAGUUGUUCUUCUCUCCCAACUACAAUUUCCUCCGCCGUUUCUUCAAGAUGAUUGGAUCGUUUCUUACAAGAGGCUUGGUGAUGGUGUUGGGUUAUGCUUACCCUGCGUAUGAAUGUUACAAGACUGUUGAAAAGAAUAGGCCUGAAAUUGAGCAACUUCGCUUUUGGUGCCAGUACUGGAUAUUGGUUGCUUGCUUGACAGUUUUUGAGAGAGUUGGUGAUGCGUUUGUUUCAUGGGUUCCAAUGUAUAGUGAAGCUAAGUUAGCAUUCUUCAUAUACCUGUGGUAUCCGAAAACCAGGGGUACUACAUAUGUCUACGAGUCUUUCUUUAGGCCAUAUCUUUCACAGCAUGAGAAUGACAUAGACCAUAGUUUGUUGGAGCUAAGGACAAGAGCUGGAGAUAUGGCUGUUAUAUACUGGCAACGAGUUGCAAGCUAUGGUCAGACUAGAAUCCUUGAGAUUUUGCAGUAUGUUGCUGACCAAUCAACUCCAAGGCCGCAGCCAAAACGUGAAGGUAGAGCUCCUGCUAAGCCUACGAAAGCCCCUGUCCCCCAACCAGAAUCUGAAGAAGCAUCAUUACCCUCGUCCCCUAGCUCAUCUUCAAGUGAAAAUGAAGGUAAUGAGCCAACCCGUAAAGCAUCAGGCCCGUCAAGACCUAGACCGACAGUGACAUCUGUACCAGCCGCAGAUCCCAAAAAUGCGGGUAUCACUCAGAUAGCACAAAAAUCAGUAGCUUCCCCAAUUGUGAACCCGACCCAAUCAACCAGCCAAGUGGAAACGGAACCAAUGCAGAUAGAAGAAGUGGAAGGAGAAGCAGAAUCAGUUAAUGAAAAUUCAAACCCGGAAGGUCCAAAAGAGACGGUAAUGGAGGAGACAAUCAGAAUGACUCGUGGGAGGUUGAGGAAGACGCGUUCGGAAGAAAGCCGUUGAAAGAAGAAGAAGAAGAAGCUCAAUUCAAAAAAUUGUUAAUUACUUGCAUAACAUUUGUGUCUCUUCUCUCUUUCCUGCUUCUAGAAUUACGUUGACAGGAACUAACAACUAGUGGGAAUGGUUUGUAUGAAAAGUAAAUUUGUUCUUUCAUUCAAUUUAGUUGCGUUAAGUGUAAAA